AUGUACGAAUUAAUUUUAUUUGUGUUUGCUAUUUUUUCGAUGUUGAUAUACAUCUACUUGAGAUGGAAUUUUAAUUAUUGGCAAAAACGGGGUAUUCGUGGACCGAAACCUGCUAUUUUGGUGGGAAAUUUCAUUAAAUCUGCUAGGGGUGAAGUGAAUUAUAUGGAUGAACUUAAUGAAAUAUAUUUAAAAUAUAAAAAUAGUGAAAAGUUUGUUGGUAUUUUUUCAUCACGCAAUCCGAGACUAUUUAUUUUAGAUCCUGAAAUAGUUCGUCAAAUUUUGAGGACAAAUUUUAGCAAUUUUUACAAUAAUGAAUCUUCAAAGUGGUCAAUACCGCAUAUUGAUCUUCUUCGAAUGCAAAGUCCUUUUGUUAGUGUUGGAAAAACAUGGAAGGAGAAACGUAGAGAAAUUGUUACAGCAUUGACAGGUAAUAGGAUUCGUUCAUCAUACCCAGCAAUGCAGGAAAUAGCUCAUAAAUUAUCCGACCUUCUUAGAGCACACGAUGGAAAGGAUAUUGACGCAAAAGAGAGCAGCAUCCCGAAAAAAAUUUGUUACAAUUUAAAUGUAACAAAACAGGGCUUUUCAGUGAAAAAUAACAAAGAUAAUAAGAUAAGUAUUCACGGUAAGAUCAUAUUUAUUACAAAUUCAAAUUUUUAUUUUUUGUUUAUUUUAGAAACAUUGCGAUUAUUCCCAGUUAAUCCGACUUUUACAAAAAUUUGUACUACACCUACAACACUUGAAAAUUCUGAUGGAAGGACAAUUGAACUUAAACAAGGUGAUAUUGUUCAUAUAUCGGCUUAUUCCUUCCACAAAGAUAAAGAAUUUUUUGAAAAACCUGAAGAAUUUAUGCCAGAAAGAUUUGAUCCUGAGAUUGGAGGCUAUAGAAAGUAUCGCGAUAGAGGAGUCUUUCUUCCAUUUAGUGAUGGACCAAGAAUGUGUUUAGGAAUGAAACUUGGUUUGUUAGAAACCAAAAUAGCAGUUGCUAAGAUUGUACAAAAUUUUAAAAUUAAUUUCAGUAGCUCAACUCGAAUGGAUAACCGCUGUGAUCCAAAAAAAAUUGCAUCAUUUUUAGACGGUGGUAUUAGACUUCAAUUUGAAGGGUUUAAAUAAUUUAUUAGUUUUAAUUUUUUUUAUUAGCAUUAAGUGUGUGUAAAA